UUUUAGUCAGUGAUUUAUCUUUGACAGUUUAACCCUGUUAGAAUGUGUUCAGGUAAAGGUGUGACGGUUCAGACUCUGGACUCUUGUUCCAGUUCAAGCCCAUCUUCCUGGGGACCGCGGACCCCCGCAGUGAGAUGGCCUCGUACCGCCGCGUGGUCAACAGUCAGAAAUGUGUGCGAGCCGGCGGCAAACACAACGACCUGGAGGACGUGGGCCGAGAUCUGUACCACCACACCUUCUUCGAGAUGCUGGGGAACUGGUCGUUUGGAGACUACUUCAAGGAGGAGGCGUGCUGCAUGGCGUGGAGCCUCCUCACAGAGCAUUAUGGGAUACCCACAGACAGACUGUAUGUGUCCUAUUUUGCCGGAGACGCUGCGUCCGGUCUGCCGGCGGAUGAAGAGACCCGACAGAUCUGGUUGGACAUCGGGGUUCCUUCUGGUCGCCUCUUGCCGUUCGGCCUGAAGGAGAACUUCUGGGAGAUGGGGGACUCGGGCCCCUGUGGCCCCUGCACCGAGAUCCACUACGACCAUGUGGGGGGACGAGACGCUGCAGCGCUUGUCAACGCCGACAGUCCUGACGUGGUGGAGAUCUGGAACCUGGUCUUCAUGCAGUACAACAGGGAGGCGGACCGCAGUCUGCGGCUGCUGCCCCACUUCAGUGUGGAUACUGGGAUGGGACUGGAGAGACUGGUGAGCGUUCUGCAGGGCAAAAGAUCAAACUACGACACCGACCUGUUCACGCCGCUGCUGGACGCCAUCCACCAGAGGUCGAGGGUGGCAGCAUACGGUGGCAGGAUGGGGGCGGCGGGGGAGGAGAAGGUGGACACGGCGUACAGAGUGGUGGCGGACCACAUCCGUACUUUAUCAGUGUGCAUCGCAGACGGAGUUCAUCCGGGAAUGUCAGGAGCAGAGUUGGUGCUGAGGAAGAUUUUGCGGCGGGCGGUUCGGUUCUGUGUCGAGGUUCUUCAGACUCCUCAGGGAACUUUGGCCAGCCUGGUUCCUACUGUCACCCACACACUGGGUGAUGUGUAUCCGGAGCUCCACAGGGAGGCAGACAGGGUGAGUGUGAUGGAUGACUGUGAAGAUCUCUGUGUUUGA